UUUCUGGCAACAGCGAAUCACCACCGUACGACGUGUACAGCCCAUCUAGCAUCUUCCGCCGCCGCCGCCCGCCGUCCCGUCGCAUGCGGCCGACGCCGCCGCUCGCCGCCGGCGGACGGACGGUGGCGAACCUCCUCUCCGCCACGGAGUGGAUGCUGCCGUCUCCGGCCAGCCAAGUCCACACCAUCUCCGUCCUUCCCUCCCAGUCACCCACCCCACGUCACGAGCUCGCCUUCUCCAACCUCACCACAUCGCUCGGGAACGGCGGCGGUAAGGGGGUAGAGGCGGGGAGUCAUAGGUUUCACGUGGUGCGCGACGACCUCCUCCACCCGCUCGCCAACGGCAACAAGGCGCGCAAGCUCGACGCGCUCCUGCCCCUUCUCCGCCGCCGCGGCGCCACUGACAUUGUUACAUGCGGGGGUUGCCAGAGCGCCCAUGCCGCAGCCGUUGCUGUUCAUUGUGCCGAAUGGGGAAUCAGGUCACAUAUACUGCUGAGAGGCGAGCAGCUGGAUGUUCCCACAGGGUAUAAUCUCAUCUCUUUGAUGUUCGGCAAUGUGACAUAUGCCUCGCGGUCACUGUAUGCCCAAAGAGAUGAGAUGCUUUAUGAACAUGCCACAAGGGUUGCAGGUAGUAACGGCACUGUGAUGUGGGCUGAUGAUAUUAUUGGAGAGGAUUUGGUUGUAGAUGAGGACACCACUUAUGGAAAUUGUUCAAGAAGAGUAAUGAUUGUUAAGGAAGGGGCAGGUACUGUUCAAGCGCUGCUAGGUGUCAUGCGGCUAGUGGACUAUCUUUCUGGUACGACAUUAUUUGGACAGGACGAGAAAGUUCAUAUCGUGGUAGAUUCUGGAACAGGCACAACAGCUGUGGGGCUAGCUCUUGGAGCGGUAUGUCUAGGACUUCAGUGGAGGGUUACUGCUGUCAUGCUUGCUGACACACUUGAAAGGUAUAGACAACAAGAGAAGUCCCUUGUAUCUGAUUUUGAAAAGCUUUACCCUGGACUUUUCCACAGAAUGGUGGAAAAUGAUACUCAUGGCAGUCUAGUUCAAUGGGUGAAUCGCUCUUCACCUAGAAGAUUCGGCAAGGUGCUGGAUGGAGAGAUCGCGAUGUGCCGCCAGGUCGCCCAGCAGACCGGUGUCCUCCUGGACCCGAUGUACACCUUGGCCGCCUGGGAGCAAGCCGUGGACCUGUGUCGCCGGGACAGUGAGGCCAAAGUGGUGAUGAUCCAUACGGGUGGCACCCUCGGCCUCUUCGGCCUGGCGCAGAGGUACCCGCCACAGUUCGCCGCAGAUGAGCAAUCCUAAGCACGCCGGCGUUGGAACGCAGAGUGUGCAGGUGCGUUCUGCAAAAGUAUGAAAGUUCCGGGGGCAUGGGCUCUGAUGUUUGACUUUGAAUACUCAAAAGUAGAAAGGGCCGCUUUCUUCUCCCAUUGUUGCCCUGUGCGCCACUUUGUAAAAGAGAGUAGAUCUUGAUCAAGAUUUCAUUUGGAAGCUGACUUCACAUGUCGGCCAUUGGGCAGCCUCGCGGCCUGCCGGUGUUGCGUCCCUCGGCGGCUCCCCGGUGUCCAGAGGAAGUGGCUGCAUGGAUGCGAGAAUCCAUCUCGCGGAAACUAGUUGGGCCAAGUUGGGUGAUCCAGGGGGAAGAGCAAAAUGGCUAACUAGUUGGUGAUUAAGUAUCAUUGAUGUGACGCCGGCGGCGAUCACCAGUACAGAUGGCUGUACAGUACAGGCAGUGGAAGCUAGGCGACCGGUGAGCAGGGAUGCAAUUUAUAUAUAUUUUGGAUCAUUGGAUCGAUAAAAAGUUUAAUAAAAUGAGAUAUAAUGGCAUUCUGCGAUGAUUGAGACGUGGAGAACCAAACUACCCCUGAAAAUUCAGAUUUUCCUGUGGAUGAUUUGGCAGGAUAGACUGCAAACAGCAACACAAUUGAGAAAAAGGAAGUGGGAUGGCCCAAAGGAUUGCAAACUGUGCAAUCAGAUAGAGGACAUCGACCACCUGUUGUUUUGCUGUCCUCUAUCCACCUACACUGGUGCUGGGUCAGAGGUAGUCUGGGGUGGAGGAGUAUUCCCACUUACAAUUGAGGAGGUUCUGCAACAGAAGAUUGAGGGGGUCCCCAGGGGAGACAACUUGAGAUAUCUAUUUUUUUUCUUUUUUCUGGAGUGGCGUGGGCUAUCUGGCGCACCCGCAACGAUUGGGUAUUUGAAAACAAACUAAUCUCUGUUCGUUCAAAAAAACAAACUAAUCUCUAACCUCAAAGCUGUGGCUUUCUACGAGCGUGGAGCAAGAUGGCAUCGCCUGAAGAUCUGGAGAGGAGGUGCACGCUGGUGAAGAAGAUGGAGGACGGCCUGGACCUUGGCUAGGCUAGCUUUUCUUGGUUCCGUCGCUACCUUUUGUUUCUAGCCUUUAGCUAUGUUGUGUUAGUGGGUGGGGGUGUUAAGCCUCGUGGAGGACUUGUGUGUGCAAGCUCAGUUAGGAGCUCUUCCCGGAUGUAAAACUGGUAAUCCCAUUAACAAUCUGCUUUCAAUAGAAGCUGGGCUAAUGCCUUUGGUUUAA